GAUGGCUGUGGGAGGACAUGUUGGAUUUUAGACAGGGAAGAAUUCUCUUGGGAAACCAUUCUCGGCUGACCAUUCCACGUGAAACAUUGUGCCCUGUCCAAAAUUGGGGGUUUUCUUGGAUAAAGGGUUCAUGUUUUGAUUCGAUCCGACGCUUCCAGAUUUGGCUGAACAAAAUGGCCAAAAAAGGUCAAGAUGGCGGCUGUGAUGGGCCAAUCAAAGCUCUCCUUCUGCAGCACAUUUUUUUUUAAAAAAAAGGGCGUGGUUUUUAUGACCGUUAUGGCCGCCAUCUUGACUUUUUUUUUUUUUUUACUACAGCCUGCAGACACCCAUUUUCCAGUAUUUACUUAAUGGAUGAUGGUGCUGUAACUAUUCAGUUUUGAGCUGAUAUUACAUCAGGUGAAGAGGCAACGAGAAUCUUUGUAUGUUGUCAAAGUCCUCUUACAUUCACCAAAAUUCUUUGGAAACAAGAUGACUUUAAAAGUGAAUAUAUUGGAUUUCAUUGACGUGACUCUCCAAUAACUCAGAUGCAUCUAAAAUGAACACUUUUCCUGAAAAAGAAAUGUUGAAGCCUCAUAUGAGAACUUAUUUAAAAAUCCAAAUCUUUCAUUGGAAUCAUAUAUAAAGAAGUGAACCAGAAUGUAUGUUAAUUCUAGAAGAGUUAGAAAAUAUCAGUUUGUGCACAUUUUUGCCACUUGUUUUGUCCUGUGCUUCAUGUUUUUUUGGGUAGAAAUUGAUAACCCUAGCUUUGUGCACUAUAUGAAAUCUCUCUCCUACAAAUACCUCAUAAACAGCUAUGCUUUUGUGAAUGACAACCUAACUACUAGCAGAUGUAACAGGGUAGCAAGGCAUCGAUAUUUGAUCAAUCAUGAGGAGAAAUGUCAAGGGCAAGAUGUUCUCCUCUUGAUCUUUGUAAAGACUUCACCUGAAAACUACCACAGGAGAGAUGCAAUUCGACAAACAUGGGGUAAUGAAGACUACGUUCAUCACUAUCUGAAUGCCAACAUAAAAAUCUUAUUUGUUUUAGGACAAUCAAGAAAUUUUUCACUGAGAAGUCAAAUGCAAAUGAGGCUGGAAAAGGAAGACGAGAGGCAUGGUGAUCUGAUUCAACAAGACUUUUUGGAUACUUUUUACAAUCUUACCUACAAAUUACUGUUGCAGUUCAGCUGGGCAAACAAGUUCUGCCCUCAUGCCAAGUUUGUCAUGUCAGCCGAUGAUGACAUAUUUAUCCACAUGCCAAAUCUUAUUGCAUACCUCCGAAAACUAGCACAAAUUGGGGCUCAGGAUGUUUGGGUUGGGCACGUCCAUCGUGCAGCACCUCCCAUGAGGAAUAAAAAAAGCAAAUAUUAUGUUUCCUAUAAAAUGUAUCCAUGGCCUGUCUAUCCUGACUACACAGCUGGAGCUGCAUAUGUUCUAUCCAGAGACGUAGUCGCUAAAGUAUACGGAGCCUCACAGACUCUUAAUUCAAGUUUUUACAUAGAUGAUGUUUUCAUGGGAUUUUGUGCCAACAAAGUGGGAAUUGUACCACAGAAUCACCCCUUCUUUAGUGGGGGAGGAAAGGCUCCAUAUCAUCCUUGCAUUUAUGACAAAAUGAUUACUUCUCAUGGACAUGUAGAAGACCUUCAGUAUUUUUGGCAACAGAUUACAGAUCUAAAAAUGAAAAACAUUUCUUCUGGAGUUUGGGGUAGUAUAUAUUGUAGAAUAGUUAAUAUUAUGCUGCUUUGCAGAUUAUAUAAUCACGAUACAUAUCUUUGUUCAGCUGCAUUUUCCUGAUACUUGAAUAUCAGAAUAGAUUUACUGAGCCAGAAAUGAAGGAGGAAAUCACUUGCUUUCUCCAUAACAAAGUAAAAUGAACAUAGCAAAAGUUCAAUAAAAACUUGCCUGCAGAUUACACAGUUCUCCAAAGGUACAUUAUAAUUAUAAAAACAAUUUUCCUAUUAUAGUAAAGUUUCCCACCAGAUAACUUUAAGAACUAGAUAGAUCUUAAAGUUAACAUUUAUACUUUUUGAUCUAGAACUAUGAAAUUACCAAAUGGAAAUGGAAUUGUUGAUUAGUUGAAAAACACACAUUUUCUGAUAUGUUAAUAUUUGCAGGUCACAUGAAGAAAGAUAAAGUACUUGCUGUGACAGUAUACUAAUGCAAGAGCAUUUUUCCCACACACAUACAUAGUUCUAUCACUUCUAAGCACGUUAUUACAUUUUGAUCUAAUGUUUUUACAACUGAAUAGCUUUACGUGUUUUAUUAUUGAUCACUCAAGAUGAAUUUUUUUUAAAAAAACACCUGAUCCUAUGCAAGUGGUGCUAUUGUUGACAUUAAAUACUUCUAAUGAAUUUUGCAAAGCUGUUGUCUUACAUUUCAUAGUUUUAAGUUGCACACUAAAACAAACUACAUAAAAUUGAUGGCCCUGCCUCAAUGCUCCAAUCUACAAAGCCCCAUUUGAUUUAUUCAGUUGGUGUUCACGGCAAUUGUAUUAUCUCCCCAAUGAUUCCCAUUAAGCAAGAGAUAUUUUUAAGAGAUUAAUACUGAAGGUACACUCCAGGAACACAAAUAUGAGCCCUGCAGAGCACUCUUUUAAAAUGUUACGUAUUUAAUUCUGGUUUUUUUCUUUCAAAAACUAUGAAAUCGGCAUAUACAUGAUUAGGCAGCAUAAAUAUAUUUUAAAAGAAAUUAACUGUUUAGAUCCAAUCAGUGCCAGUUUCAUAAAGUAAUUUUCUCUUAAUCAGAGUUCCAGGGAUUUUACCAUUUGUACUCGUUCAAUUGAAAACUUCUCCCAUUCUGCAUUUGUUAGUGUGAGUAAAAUAACUACAUCUUCCACUUCCAGAAUGGGAUGAAACAGGGUUGUGUUGUUUGCAUGCCUCUAGGCAUUCUUUUCUUCAAAACAUUUCCUUUACUGGUUUCUCUCCUCCCUAUUUACUGACUUUUGAUGUUGAAAUUAAGACAAAUAUAAUAUCGAUUUUACUGGGGUGAGAAUUCUGUUUCUGUAACCAAUUUCAAAAUAAUAUAAAGCUAACAACUACUGAUAGACAGACCAUAGACACAAAAUGUUUGAAUAUUCUCAUCUUGCCCUCAAGCAAACAUUUGACUUGUCUGUUGUGUCAGAUUAAAUUAAAUGCUUAUGUUUUUGCAGAAUUACAAAGCAUAAACUCACCUGUGUGCUAACUAUGAAAAGGCUAUGCAUGUUUUUUGUUUUAUAGUAUGUUUGUUAUGUUGAAAAAGUAUUAGCUAGUUGUUAAGGAAUAGAGUUGUAGAUUGUUUAGCACAGAGAAGAAUGAUUAAUUAUUUAAAUACUUUAUGAAAGCAUCCUUUUUUUCCCUUAAGACUCUUAAGCUUGGGGAUCUGAACAUUAUCUUUAAAAAAUUUUAAGAGGAAAUUCUUAGGUUUACUAGUGUUUCAGAUGCAGGGCUGAAAUACUAUUUUUUUCUUGGCUUCACAAGUACUUGCAUCAGUACUUGAAUUGUCACUCAAGCUAUGUAUUGUUACACAAUUGUUAUACUAGUUUUUACGUGUUUGGUUUGCAGCUAUUUGAUUAAAAAAAAAAUAUCUAAGGGCAGCAAUUAUUUAUUCACGAUACUUUGUUCUGAACAGUGUUUUAUAAAAUAUCUAUUUUCAAUAAACAUGUUGUGCAUUUUGUAAA